AUGGCCAUUAUGCUAAAGGCUCUUGUAUCGGCUGUUGUUCUAGCGACCACAGUGAAAGCUAUUCCCCCCGAAAGAGCUCUUGAAUUUGGCUACCCAACUGGCGUUGAUGUCUGGUAAAUACUUUGGCACGAUUAGUUCUUUCUCCACCAACAGACUUAAGAUGUGGGAAAGCAUAUCGAGAAACGUAAGCGAGAAUUUCGACAAAUGAGAGUGAGGGAGGAUUCAAGACAAGCUGACUUUUUUCAAGGAAUGGAUCUUUCGAACCCGGUGGAUGGCUUUAUCCGCCUUCACUCUCACCUGUUCCUCUCCUUGAUCUUUCAAUUCGUCCCCGUAUGAAUCUUUACCUCGCAGGAGAAACCUAUGCAUCCUUCAUCAUCGAUGCGCCACUCUCAUAUAUGCACGGUGGCUCAUUCGUAAACUUCACUUUCAAUAAAGCAGAUAACAUCACAAGCAGUUUUUCAAAACUGUUCAUUGAUGCUUCACUUUUUGACGGCUUUGAUCUCAUUGCGGGGCGAAAUAUAUCAGUCAACUCCACAGGAAACGAAUUUGUGUUUUCGCUUUCUGGUCUCACACCGAGAUUGGAGAAACAUGAAGUUGUUCUGACCGGGGCUUCGGUUGACGGGGCUCAGUUUUAUGUCGCAAACACAGGUUUUUACUAUCUACCAACCAGAACUGAUGGUGGUAGUGUAACGAAAGUUGACAGUCUUUAUGGUGGCUUGAUGGUCCAGGAUUACUUGAGCAAUUCUACUGCUUGGACUUCAUUGUUUCCUUAUACUUUUUAUGUUUCUUGGGAUGGAUGGUUGGAGUUUAGUAAGGAUAGUAAGUCAUCAAAGCUGUUUUCUCGCCAAUCUAAUUUGACUGACGCUCUUUAGAUUUGAAAGUUUUCAAAGACCAAGGCAAGCAUGGCCACUCAUGAAAACGGGCAUAUUCUAAUUUGAUACAGGAUACAAUAUCAUCCACAUUGUGCCUAAUGCCGGUCUGGCAAACCAAGCAUUCGACUUUGAUGAGCUCGACAGAUUUCUUGAUAUUAUGGAUGAGAUGCAAUUAUGGCUAAUGUUUGAUAUGAGUAAGUGUGUUCCAAGCUUCUUAAAGAACUGAAAGCUGACAAUUGAACAAGGAUGAACCUACACGGUAAGCUUUAAAGCAUAUUAGAAAUGAGACUGAGCUGAGAUAUGCAGAACAUUUCAUCAGUAAUCACUCAAGUGAAUCGAAUCAAAGCCCGGAAAAGUAUGCUCCUUUGGUACACGGGUGACGAGCCAGACGGACAAGUCGGCAAGUUAAUCACUUCCCCUCAUAUUCACACCGCUCAUAGCCCACAGAUGCACUCAACGCCACACAGAUCACCUACGAUCAAAUCAAGUCUCUGGACCCAUAUCACCCAGUAUCUCUCUGCCUCAAUUGUCUCAAUUAUUAUUUCAAAGAAUACACUUCUGGUGCCGAUAUCAUCUUGGCGGAUCCAUAUCCAAUCGCAGUCAACACGUCUUGGUCUACCCAAUACAAUACCAUAUGCAAUACCACCUACGGCUGUUGCGGCUGCGAUGACUGCAAAGGAAGUUUUGAAGAUGUUUCCGAGAGACUUGACUUGUAUACAGAUUAUCAAGAAUAUCUGAACCUGCCGCAGAAACCUCAAUGGGGCGUCCCGCAAGCUUUCGGGAACGAAACUUUUUGGAAGAGAUACCCAACACCGGCAGAGGAGCUGGUGAUGAACAUGUUAUUCGUUAAUCAUGGUGCAAAGGGGAUUGCGAUGUGGAGUUAUCCUACCGAGCCUGGGAUCGCUAAUGCAACUUCGGCACUAUCGAAAGUGCUUACCUCCACCGGGGUCACGAGCUUUUUGUUAGGAAGUGAUGUUAGUAUGCUUGAAGUCAAUGGAAUCGAGAGAGUGGAUGCUGCUUCGUGGAUAGUCGGGAAGAGGAUGAUGAUUAGUGUUGUGAAUAAGAAUUAUCUGGAUAGCUCGACCGGUAACAUUACCAUCCCGCUUCCAGCGAACGGGACGGGAGUUGGGAGUGUAUUAUGGGGAACGAGCUGGAAUCUGGUGGAGAAUUCUCUUGUCAAGGCCGGAAUGACUGCACUUGAGGUUGAUAUCUUUACUGUGAACUUGGGCUGA